GUUGAAUCCCACUAUCCUGCGUAAUGACCUUCGGUAUCAAGUCCCAUUUGAAGCUGUGAUGGAAUGUAGCCAUAAAGACUAUGGGCUCAUCUGGAGAUGAUUUCCAGGCAGAAAAUCUGGAUUCCUUUGUCAAUGUUAUAGGUCUUACAUCUAAUGAUCCUCUAAAUGGAUUUGGAGAGAUCUGGUAUCAGGUGUUUGUCUGGGCCUUGGUCUCCUCUUUCUUCGUCCAUGCCAUUGCCUCUUUUAUCGGGUUUUUUCGGCUGCGCAAGCACAAGUUAGGUCGCUGGAUCCCUCUGGUGGUUCUAGCGAUGGGGAUCCUGUCUCCUAUCACAGGGGGUGCUGUAACAAGUGCGGCCAUCGCUGGCGUGUACAGAGCCUCAGGCUUCACCAUGGCCCCAUUCUACGCCCUCGUCUGGGGAGUAGGUCAAACCAUCGUCAUGGUCUUCAUCUCAUUUACACGCAUCCUAGCAACAUUGUGACCACAACCUCAAUCUCCAUGGCAACAGGAGACAAGCCUUUACCCAUCAUGCCUCCCUGUUCAUCCCACAUCACUAUGGUGACCAGUCAGCAGAGGUCACCUGAAAGUCAUGAUCACGACACUUGAGGGAUACUUCUGGUUCCUGGAUAUGGAAAACUUUUGCAGAAACAACCAUUAAAACUUGUCCUCCUGUGAUUGCUAUUACCGCAGGAAAGCAUAAGCUGUGUUGUACCACUUUACGUCAUACUGUCUUUGUUUGAGCUAAGGCUAAUUUAGGUUCUCCUCCAAAGGAAGACAAGUGACUUGUCAGAAACCAUUACUCCAGGUUUACAGGGUUUGACAGAGUAAAUAUAAUUUCUCAUUGCCAAAUUUUGUGUAAAAGUGCUACACCUGAUAUUUUCAGGGUUUGGGUGAAGAUGAAAAUUUGCUUUGUUUGGGGGUAGGUAACAUUUCAUCGUCAACAAAUAAAAAAGCCAACAGAUUCCCACUUCCUUAGGGUAUGACUUGGCAUUCACUUCAGGAAGGGACUCGACUGACUAAUUGCUAUGAUUGAAAUUCCCGGCUCAUUGUUAAAGACCUGUUGUAUGGAUCCAGCUUCUGUUUGCAUCACUGCAAUGUUAUUGCCCUGGAAAGUCAGCCACGACACAAGGAACAGUUGUUGACUGAAUCUAAUUUAUCAGUAAAUGCCUUGAGAGCUUGAGCAUUUCAGACUGUUGUGAAAAAAUUUAUACUAAAAAAAGAGUCAGCAAACAUGCAUCUUUCAAUUAGGAAUUCCUUCUAAUUAAAUGAUGAUCAGCAAGGUCUGACAGCUGUUGGGAACAUAGCUGCAUGUUUACUCAGCAGUCACAUGGGGGUUAUUAUGUGAUGCAGGAAUGAUUGUUGUUAGCUAGUUAUCUACAUGUGCUUCAUAAAUGUGUUUUUGUGGAAGGCAGUGUAUGCUUGUGUCAAGAGUUGCAUAUGAAAUUACCUAAUGUACAGUUAAUGUCUUUGUGAAGGUAUAUGAGUAGGAUCACGGCUGAACGGUUACUCUAAGAGCAGAACAUCAGUGUACAUCUUUAUGUUCCAAAGGAAUGUCAUAUUGUCUGUAAUUAUAUCCACUACUAUAUGAUGAAAAUACUCAAAAAGUUAAGUGUGCAUGUGUAGACAUGGUUACCUCAAGCAGUAUUUUAUUACUGCCAUUGUCAUAAUGGUUCCACAUACUACAGGUAUGCUCAUAAAUUCCAGCAUCAGUAUAGACCGCUGUGAAAUACACUGACAAUCCAGCCUGCCAUAGUAUCUAACACUACCUCAGCGAGAUGUACACAUCUGUGCUUUCACCCAGGAGACGACGGUUCACCCAAAGACGAUGUUCCUAAAUUCUCUGAAUGAACACCAACAACCCGAAAUCAGUGAGUCAGGUUUUACAUGCCUGCAAGUUGUAAUGGAGUGAAUGAUGGUUAUUAUUAAAGUUACUUAACCACAAUUUGAUGUAUGCUUACACCACGUUACAUCAUGUGCUUCUGCCCAGCCGGAUGCCCUGAUGCCUUUAAGUGAACCACACAGCAUCAACAUCAGUCUCUCUGAACGCAUAAAUUAUGAUUAAUAUCAUUUUGUGUCAUAGUGUGGAACGUUUCCUUCCUUUAGUAAUUUGGACCUAAACUGCUUAGUUUAUUGUCCAUAUCUGCCUUUGCCUUGUUUUAUGAACAGUGGUCAGUCCAACUUUGACCCGAAUGACCAUCAUAAAUGGAGACUUAUCCUCUUUGUGCAGGUUUUUGCUGAAUCAAUACAGUAAAAAACUAAAACAAGCGGCGAUAAAAAAAAAAAAAAAAUGCUUGCAUCCUUCUUAUUAGAUAUAUCCCAGUUGCGUCUCAAUGAGAAUUCGGGCCCUUGAACUCUUAAAUGCAAUAAUCAAUAAUUAUUAGAAUACGGCCUGCUGAUUCUGUACAUUGUGGUGGUACAAUACCUGCCAAGUUUCAUCACACAACUUCAUAUAUUUUUGUUUUUGUAAAGAAGAUUAAAGCGAUUUCAACGCAAAAUGGCUGUGUGAACACCAUUUAACUGGUGUACAGCAAUGCACACAUUGAUCUAUUUUACUUACAUUUGAUUGAUUUGCUUAGAACACAGUUUUGUUAUUCUUACGGACCUGAACAUUUAUUAAUCUGUAAAUGCUAAAUGCUGCAAAUGAUGUGUAUUAUUUUACAUGUAGUUUUAUUGUUUUGAGUAUGCUGGUUUUGGGUAACUUAACUGGGUGUUCAUAUAGUUUUAACACCGUGUAAAAACAGAUUGGUAUCAUUUUAAGAUCUACACCUUACAUUUUUAAUAGAUUUUUUUAACAGAAUAAUUUUUUUUUAUCAGAAAUCCAUGAAUUUAGAAUCCAAUUGCAUAAAAAUUAAUGUAUGUUGCCAUGUAUUUUAGAUGUUUUUAACUGUCACUUCAAAUGUUUUCAGAAACUUGCAAUAUUGUUUAGAGCUUUUCUAGCAUGAGUUUUUUGUUACACAGUUCUAGGAAUUAUCAGAAAAACUUAACUGUUGUCAUCAAAAGUAUCGUUUAAAGGCAUUUAUGUGCAUCUGAAAGUACAUUUUUAUAUAUAUGUAGCAAACUUUAGGUGAAACACAGUUUAUGUCAGCUAUAUCAACAUUGUAUUAGAGAUCAGUAGACAUGCAUCACUCAGUGGUGACUAGAACACUGUAAAUUACCACUGGUAAAAAUGAAAUAUAAAUACCUCAAAUGACCUAAAAUGUUCCUCCAAAAUUGCAUAUUCAGAGGCAAAUGACAUGAAAUAUUGCAUUUGGUUCUGAAACUUUGGUGAAAAAUUGUAACAAUUAUCUCAGUCAUUGCACCAUAAAAAUUCCCCAUCAUUCCCCUGUUUGUGCUACCUUUCCUAUCAUGCAGGUGAGGCAGUGGCAGACUUUCUACAUUUGUAAAAACUUCUAAAUUUUUUUCUCAUACUCUAUAGUGUACUUACAUGUACAUUCUCUCAAGAUAUGUGGAUUCGUGUUAUGAAAAAUUAAGUUAUAAACCUUUGUAAAAAUGAACCCUGCACUCAAGGUCAAAUGCAUUUCUUAUUCAUAGAAGUUUGAUGUGCUGACUUUAACACAUUGCCUCCGAUAAUUCAUACAUACAUGUAGGCUACCUGUAUAUAAGCUUUAAACUGAUAUGAAUGAGAAUAUUUAUAUUGAAGUUACAUGUAAACAUAUUCUAGAUUCACUAGGAAAGUGUAUCUUCCACUUUGUACACUUAACCCAGUCAGAAAUCCACAUGUAACCAGAAAUUAAAAUUUAUGUGUAUAAUGAAUGUUUGGUAGAUUAUGGGAAAUGCCAUGCCACUCGCACAUGUGUAUGUGUCAACGUACACUGUAACAUGUGUACAUGUAUAUCUUCAAUUAUCAUUAUUAUCUAACUGCACAUAGCAACACAAUCACACAUUCAGAUUACAGGCCUACACAGCUAGUAAUGACUGGCGGGGCAAAUUUGUUUUUUGUACAUAAAUGAUGUAAUAUAAUAGAUAACAAUAUCAUAUACAUACUUCAGGGUAUUUUGCAUAAAUGUACUGUUAUGAAAUUCUAAUGGAUUAAUUGUUGUUUUGAUGUAAUUGUUGUGGUACAAGGGAAGUUUUGAUGUAAUUGUUAUGGUACACAGGAGAAGGAAGUUUUGAUGGAACACGGGAAGGAAGUUUUGAUGUAAUUAUUGUGGUACACAGGGGAAGGAAGUUUUGAUGUAAUUGUCGUGGUACACGGGAAGGAAGUUUUGAUGUAAUUGUGGUACACGAGGGAAGGAAGUUUUGAUGUAAUUGUUGUGGUAUGAGGGAAGUUUUGUUGUGGUACACAGGGGAAUGAAGUUUUGAUGUAAAUGUCGUGGUACACGGGAAUGAAGUUUUGGUGUAAUUGCUGGGUACACAGGGGAAGGAAGUUUUGAAGUAAUUGUCGUGGUACACAGGGGAAGGAAGUUUUGAUGUAAUUGUGGUACACAAGGGAAGGAAGUUUGGAUGUAAUUAUGGUACACAGGGGAAGGAAGUUUGGAUGUAAUUGUCGUGGAACACGGGAAGGAAGUUUUGAUGCAAUUGUCGGGGUACACAGGGGAAGGAAGUUUUGAUGUAAUUGUGGUACACGAGGGAAGGAAGUUUCAGUGUAAUUGUGGUACGUAGGGAAAGCAAGUUUUGAUGUAAUUUUUGUUGUACAUGGGGGAUGGAAGUGUUGAUGUAUUUGUUGUUGUACACGAGGGAUGGAAGUUUUGAUAUAAUUGUUGUGGUACAUGGGGGAUGGCAGUUUUGAUGUAAUUGUUGUGGUACAUGAGGGAUGGAAGUUUUGAUGUAAUUGUUGUGGUACAUGGAGAAUGGAAGUUUUGAUGUACUGUAGUCUGCUUUUAUAGUGUUGGUGUAAUUGUUGUACACGAGGGAAGGAAGUUUUGAUGUAAUUGUGGUACACGAGGUAAGGAAGUUUUGAUGUAAUUGUGGUACGUAGGGGAAGGAAGUUUUGAUGUAAUUUUUGUUGUACAUGGGGGAUGGAAGUGUUGAUGUAAUUGUUGUUGUACAUGAGGGAUGGAAGUUUUGAUGUAAUUGUUGUGGUACAUGGAGGAUGGAAGUUUUGAUAUAAUUGUUGUGGUACAUGGGGGAUGGCAAUUUUGAUGUAAUUGUUGUGGUACACGAGGGAUGGAAGUUUUGAUGUAAUUGUUGUGGUACAUGGGAGAUGGAAGUUUUGAUGUACUGUAGUCUGCUUUUAUAGUGUGUUGUUCCAUUGGGAGAUUUUGUUCAGCUGUGUUGUUCACGAGCAAAUAUACAAUUUGUUCAGGUUUACAUGGCACUGUAGAGCAUUGUUAAUGUCCGUCAGUUAGAAUAGCGUCAUGAUAAUGGGUUUGAUUUGCAUUUUGUUACAGAAAAAGACAAAAUAUUUUAAUUAUUAACAUAUGAAUGUUCAAUUCACCUUAAGGUGUAGGCAUGUAGUAGUGUGUUUGAUUUGUAACAAAUAAAUAAUAAUAUUUUUUACCACAAA